UCUGCUACACAAAGUAUCCCUUUCAGAACAAUUGUAGUGAGCCUGCUUUCCCACCAAGUGCUGCUGCAGAAUUUGUACGAUAUUUUAUUGGAAGAAUUUGUGAAAGGCCCGUCACAAGCUGAAGAGAAGGUAAUACACCAGUUGCCAGAAACCAAACUCACUGGUUUCCUCAGGUACAUUUCUAUGCAGAACUUGGCAGUCAUCUUUGAUUUACUACUGGACUCCUACCGAACAGCCAGAGAGUUUGAUACAAGGACUGGGCUGAAAUGCUUGCUCAAAAAGGUAUCUGGCAUUGGUGGGGCUGCCAACUUGUACCGCCAGUCGGCCAUGAGUUUCAAUAUCUACUUCCAUGCCCUGAUCUGUGCUAUUGUGACCAAUCAGGAAAAUAUCACUGCAGAGCAGGUGAAGAAAAUCCUUUAUGAAGAUGAUGAAAGGAGCACUGAUUCAUCCCAACAAUGCUCUUCAGAAGAUGAAGACAUUUUUGAAGAGACUGCUCAAGUCAGCCCACCAAGGGGGAAAGAGAAGAGGCAAUGGAGGGCCAGGUUGCCAUCUUUGAGUGUUCAACCGGUGAGCAAUGCAGACUGGGCUUGGCUAAUCAAAAGGCUUCACAAACUCUGCAUGGAGUUAUGUAACAACUACAUUCAGAUGCAUUUGGAUUUGGAAAAUAGUGCUGAUGAGCUCCCUGUCUUCAGAGGAGACCCUUUCUUCAUCCUUCCAUCCUUUCAAUCAGAAACAUCCACACCAUCUACAGGAGGCCUUUCCGGAAAAAACACCCCUUCAGAAGACGAUAGAAGCCAGAUUAGGGACUCACUCGCCGAAAACCUCACUCCUAAGGGAAGUACGGAUAUUCUGCUUCUUCCACCUUCGAGCCCCAAAAUGGAGAAGAAAGACCAAGGCAGGAAAAAAGAAUGGUGGGAGAGUGCUAGCAACAAAAUUUACACCAUAGCAACAGAUAAAACCCUAUCAAAACUAAUGAUGGAAUAUAAAAAAAGAAAACAACAGCAGCAUAACUUGGCUAAUUUGUCCAAGGAGAUGAAAGCUGACAAGAAAGGGGAUCCGCUCGGUACAAGAGGGCCAGAUUCACCUCUCCCCCAAAGGCCACAAAAUCUGAUUGAUCAAGGCCAGAUGAGGCACUCCUUUAGUGCAGGACCAGAGAUUUUGAGGCAAGAAAAAAGGCCACGCUCCGGGUCGACUGCCAGCUCACUCAGUAUAUCGGUCCGGGAUGGGGAGGCACAAAUACAGGCAUGGACCAACAUGGUUCUGACAGUUCUUAAUCAGAUUCAAUCCUUACCAGACCAGAUCUUCAUCGCCCUUCAACCAGCAGUAUUUCCCUGCAUCAGUCAAUUGACUUGCCAUGUGACAGAUAUUCGGGUUCGUCAGGCUCUGAGAGAAUGGCUAGGAAGAGUGGGAAGGGUUUAUGACAUCAUUGUGUAGAAGACUUUAGUUGCCUUAUCAAAGAGAGACUGAAUCUAACAUAUUUCAAGAAACAGAUAUAAAGUGCAUUUGUUGAAAACUUGUCUAUUUAAAAAAAAAAAGGUAGAAUGAUGUACAUCUGCCCAUUUGCUAGUCAGUAAUAACUAGCAAGCUCUGUCCCAUGCUAUUAAAACUUAAGAGCACAGUGUAGUCAUACUCAUGACCCCAGAGAAUGUAAAAUAGCAGAAUAUGAUAGAAGGAGCCUUUGUAUUAAAUUUGAAAUAGGUAUUCAGACAGGCUGAUAUUCAGAUAGGCUAACAGGCUCAAUAUGUUUGAUACUGCAUAUUUUCUAAAGAACAAAA